GCCAAAAUCGACUACCAACCACCAUAGACUACCACUUCGUGUCAUGGCAACUAUAAACAGCAUUUGUUUGAUUUUACUGAUUACAGGUUUUGGAUUUAUAAAAUGUCAAAAUAUUGUAACGUCCGAAUGUUUGGUUUGCAUUUGUGAAGCUACAACUGGUUGCAAUUUCAAUUAUAAUUGUUCCUCCAACGCUGCAAUAUGUGGUCCGUUUAGAAUUACCAGACCCUACUGGAAAGGUGCUGGAAGUCCCACGAUUAAGGAUGAAUCCCCCAACUCGGUUUCGGCUUUCUCGCACUGUACGAGUGAUCUUUACUGUUCCAUCAAAACUGUCCAAAUGUUCAUGAAAAUAAACGAACGGGAUUGUAAUGGCGAUGGUAUCAUUGACUGCGAUGAUUUUGCCGCAAUUCAUCAACUGGGAAAAUACGACUGCACAAGGACGCUUCCAUAUUACUAUACAACAUCUUAUUCGCAGUGCAGAAAGAUGUUACUUAAGUAUGAAAGAGUUGAUCAAAGUAAUAAUUAUAGAUAAUUUUUCUUUGUUAAUAUAUGCAUUUCGUUAUGCGUAGGUACUUUACUAGCAAUAUGUUUAU